AUUGACUGCAGUCGCGCUCAGUUAGAGCGAGAGAGAAUUCGCGCUUUGUGACUGCGAAGUAGACAGCUGAAAACCAAAUAUUGGUUGUUAUAUGCGAACUACUUGUUUAUUCAUUUGAUACCUCCUAUUUGACUGCACGUUUUGGUGGCGAUAAUAUAUCUGAUAGGUUUGCGGCGGGUCUAUAUCAGGGUUGAGGAAUCAGUUGGAGAUGUGGAACUGCACAUGAGCGCAGCGCAUUCUUUCGAGAGAAGGCUGCAACUCACCACAAUACAACUGCGGAGCUAAGAUGAAACCACUGCUGUUCCUGCUUUGGGAGACAGGGCUAGCUCUCUCUCUGCUCUCCUCUACUGCCCAGGCCCAGGGUGCUGUGUUCCUGCCCGAGUUUGCUCUCUCACCUCAGGGCAGUUUCCUGGAGGAUGCCACUGAGGACCAAUACCUUACCUACAGAUAUGAAGACCAGGCGUCUCGUAUGACCCGAUCAGAUGAGGAUGGGGACAGUGGCUGGGAUGCAUGGGGCACCUGGAGUGACUGCUCACGCACCUGUGGAGGAGGGGCCUCCUAUUCUCUACGCAGGUGUCUCAAUGGAGGAAACUGUGAAGGCAAGAAUAUUCGUUACAGAACAUGCAGUAAUUUGGACUGUCCAAUCGAGGCAGGAGACUUCAGAACCCAGCAGUGCUCCGCCCACAAUGACAUUAGGUACCAGGGCGUGGCUUAUGAGUGGGUUCCUGUGCCCUAUGACCCUUCAGCGCCUUGCGCCUUACGAUGUCAGGCCCGUGGGUUGAGUCUAACAGUAGAACUGGCACCGAAGGUUCUGGAUGGAACACGUUGCCGUGCCGAUGCCCUUGACAUGUGCAUCAGUGGUGUCUGUCAGGAGGUGGGCUGUGACCGACAGCUGGGCAGCGGUACCAGGGAAGACAGCUGUGGCGUGUGUGCCGGGGAUGGCUCUACAUGUCGACUGGUCCGGGGCCAGGCGCUGCCUCACAUCUCACCGGAAGAACCUGUGAAGACAGUGCUGGAAGUCCCAAUGGGAAGCAGAAGUCUCAGAGUCAGUGCUAAGGGACCAGAUCUCAUAAUUAUCGAGGCCCAGUCCCUGCAGGGUCUCAGAGAGGAGCACAGUCUGGUCUCUCCCGGUUCCUACCUCAUUGGUAACACCACGGUGGACUACCAGAGAGGGACUGACAGACAGACACUAAGGACACAAGGACCUCUGAAAGCAGAUUUUUUCAUUAAGGUGAAAUACGCUGCUCCCAGGGACACAGUCAUCCAGUUCCUGUUCUAUAAGCCGAUCAGGUACCAGUGGAGGGAGACCGAAUUCUUUCCCUGCUCUGUCACCUGUGGAGGAGGUUACCAGCUGAACUCAGCUGAGUGUACAGACAUCAGGUCCAGUCAGGUGUUACCGGAGCACCACUGUAACAGCUACCCGGAGAACACAAAGCCCACACCCAAACUGAAGGAGUGCAACAUGGACCCCUGUCCUGAGAGUGAUGGCUUCAAAGAGGUCAUGCCUUAUGACCACUUUCAGCCUCUGCCAAGGUGGGAGCAGGGUCCCUGGACUGAGUGUUCAGUGUCCUGUGGGGAGAGCGCUGGGCUGCAGGAGCGCAGCGUGGUGUGUGUGGAGGAUGACGCCCAUGGUCAAAUCACUCAGGUGGAUGAGUGGAAGUGCACCCACUCCCCACGGCCCAUCACGCAGCAGAGCUGUAACAGCUUCACGUGCCCACAGUGGGUUGCCAUGGAGUGGUCACAGUGUACGGUGACGUGCGGUCGUGGGUUGAGGUACAGAGUCGUUCUCUGCAUCGACCACCGGGGGCAGCACACAGGCGGUUGUAAAGCCCCUCUCAAACCUCACAUCAAGGAAGACUGCCUGGUACCUGUCGCCUGCCACAAACCCAGAGAGUCUGUUCCUGUUGAGGCCAAGCUGCCCUGGUUAAAACAAGCCCAGGAGCUGGAAGAACAACGCACCGCUACAGAGGAACCAACGUUCAUCCCAGGGCCGUGGUCUCCGUGCAGUGCCACCUGUGGUCCAGGCGUACAGACUCGGGAGCUGAAAUGCCGGGUACUCCUUUCUUUCACCCAAACCGAGGUGGACCUGCCCGAGGAUGAGUGCGGUAACAACCGCCCCCAGUUGGAGAGGCCCUGUGAUCUGGGACACUGUACUGUAGGCCCAGGCUUCUCUCCGGGCCUCCCAGACCCUCCAGGCCCAGGGCUGCACACACGGGGAGCGGAGCCCCACCAUUGGGACUACAGGGGUUUCACUACCUGCUCAGCCUCCUGUGCGGCAGGGAGACAGACAGCCGAGGUGAGGUGUGUGAGUCGGGAAAGAGGAGAAGAGGUCAGUGAAUCUCUCUGUGAUCCCUUCAGCCGACCCCCAGCCAUGGCCCGCGUCUGCAACCCCGAACCGUGCCCCCCGAGGUCAGCAUCCAACACGUCACACUAUCCUCUUCCACCUGGCCUGGCGAGACCGGUGUUCACAUUUCACAGUGUGUCUGACCAACGACAGACACUAUCAGAUUCCGACUGUAGAUUGUGCUUAACAUACAUUAUCGUGUAUCCAGGUGUGUCGGUGUGUGUGGGUUCGUGCGCAUUGUGCAUGUGCGCAUUCAUUCAGGUGUGCUAAUCUUGUCACUAACAUACCCCUCAUCACCGUCUCCCUUGGUUACCAUUGUCCAGGCAAAGCCAAACAUCCCCUGUCACCCAGGUUGUUUAUUGACGACCAAUCUGAUGUUUCGGUUGCUGGAACAACAUCCUGUUGUAGUGAAUGCGAAACCAAGGUAAACAUGGAGGAACCACAAGCGUAACCGCCCCGGUCCUCUCAACCGUGUCCCUGUGAAACCUUCUCUUUCCUGUCUCACUUUGGCAUAUGUUUUAUUAUUUCCCUUCUGACUGCUGCACACGAGGCUAGGUCCCAAAUAUGAACUAAUUCCCUUUGUAGUGUAACACUUGCUGGUUUAAUCAAGCACCCACUGAAGGGAAUAGGAUGCAAUUUGGGGCAAACUACACAGAACUUGGAGAGGUAGUUCAUGUUGUAGGUCUUCCGGCAGAAGUCAAUGUCAUUUCAAAGGACAAGAAAGGAGAGGUCCUUAAAACAUCAAACGAACAGAAACAAAUGCAUGCGUAAGCACAAACACAUAUGCACACACACAUACAAUACCCAGAGCUUGACCUUAAAAGAUAAGUAUCAGCAAAGCAAACCCCAGAUUAUUGUCACAAGCCACAGGAUUAACAUAUGUAAUUCCAUACAAUGAACGCAAGUGGUUCUAAUAUCACCAGUCUCAGUGUUUUUUUCUCUUAUUAUGAAAUUAUUUGUCAGGGACAUGGGCUUUGUCCCUAUUAUCUAAGUUUAUAGUGCACUUUGUUUGACCAGGGUCUUUGGUUGGUCUUUUGGGGAAUAGGGACACAGACUAAACUACAGCUUCUAAACACAAAUCAGUUGAAUUCAAGAGAAUAAAAUUUAUGAUAUGUCUUUUUUUGCUAUAUUGGAAUCAAAAUGUUUUAGAUGACUGCCUACUAUAUCAUGAUGAAGGCACCGAUAAUGUAAUUAGAAUUCAGUAGUCGACAGACAUAGAGAACAGAGAAUGGGUUAUAUCUUUUGUAAUUUAACAAUACAAGUCUCGUCUGUGGUCUGACAAAGGAACUAGUGGCUUCAACAGUAACCUGAGUAAAAUUGCUUCUCCAACCACAGAAAAGCAGUAGACUCUCUGGCCCCAGAGUUGAGCUCACGCAGGGCUCAUUCGUUCAGAUAGAAAUGCAUCGUGUAGAACAGACAGCUGUAUGUAUUUGGCAGAAUGAAGAAUUGUGUCAUAAUGUUGCAUUCGUAUGUCCACCCUGUUUAACAGGCCCUGGUUUGGUGUAGUAACCAUGCCGGUUCCCACUUCUGCCAGGCCCUCCGAGGUGGGCGGUUAUGUGGGUACCAGCCUAUGCCUGGCAAGAGUUGCACAUGUUGUUCCUAUUCCUGGAUGUACCUGAAUUGUUCAAGGCAGCUCCCCUCAUCUGCCCUUGUCUCCUUCCUUUCAACCACAGAUGCACCGCAAUCUGUGGCACAAACACUGUGAACCUGGAAGAGGUUGGCAACCGUGUGGGUUCCAGGCCAUGUCAUGCAAAGUUGUUGUCGUUCUGCCCCAUGUCCUGUUGUCUGUCUGUCUGCCUGACUGUCUGUCUGCCUAUCGGUCUGUCUGUCUGUCAGCAAAUGUGUGUCCGUCCAUCUGUCGGUCUUUCCUGGCUACGACUCAAGCUCUGGGAAUUCGAUCAACAUGGAGGUAAUAAAGAUAACUACGAACACAGGAGUCAAAGAAAACAUUCAAAUGCUUAUUUUUCAUAGUGCCAUAGUUUAUAUAGCUUAGUAAAACAUCACAUUGUUUAGAUUGAAGUUAACAAUGAAGAAGCAACAUGUUUGAAUAUCUUCUGUAGACUGCAAGGUCGACAUUUUCAGACAGUAAUAUUGAGGGCUUUUUUUCACCAAACUAACAUGAAGUUAGACCAAGUUUAAAAAUAUAAAAACAUACUUAUGAAACAAACUUUUGCAAACACAAGUGUGCAUGUGUGUGUGGUGUGUUUGUGUGUGUGUGUGUGUCUGUAUAAACCACAAUGUGUAUAAACCAACCAGAAUGUCCUGACAUUAAAUAAGAAAAUGAACCAUGGUAAAAACUGUUAGGAUUAGGGUAAGUGGUAAGUUUAGGAUGAGAGGUUCAUGAAAAUACUUUUUUGUGUAAAAAAUACUUAAAGUAAUGAAAACAAAAGUAUGAGAGUGUC